UGCCCGCCGCUGGAGUACGUGGAGCGGCGGGGCGCGGGCGGCGCGGUGGCGGCGGUGCGCGGGCUGUUCCCGCGCGUGGGCGUGGAGGUGGCGCGCCAGCUGAACGCGAGCGCGCUGCUGCUGCCGUGGGGCGACAACGACUACGGCGCCGACAGCAACGGCUCGUGGAGCGGCCUGGUGGGCGCGGCGCAGCACGGCCGCGUGGACCUCGCCAUCAACUCCUUCCUCAUGAACCCCACCCGCCAGGCCGUCAUCGACUUCACCACGCCCAUCGUGCUGGCCAAGGCGGGCGUGUUCAUCCGCGAGCCCGAGGACUCGGCCAUGCGCUGGGGGCUGAUGGCGGCGCCGUUCGCCAACCACCUGUGGCUGUGCGUGGGCGCCGCGCUGGGCACGCUCGCCCUGGCCGUCGCCGCCGUCUCGCGCCUCACCGCCCCCACGGCCCGCCCACGCCCCCGCCCCGCCCAUCGCCCACGCCCACGCCCACGCCAGCGCCCGACGCGCGCCGGCCGACAGCCUCUCCCCGAGCGACGCGCUGCUCUUCGUGUGGGGCGCCAUUUGCAACCA